AACUGUGUUGAGAACGGAAAGAAAACGCAUUUGAGACAUUUUUAACUUUCAUCGCUGAAGAGGCGCCGGGGUUCUACCUCGUCAAGCGCAGCCCAAAUGGUCUCAAUCCUAAAAUUCAAGGUGAUAGGCAACACUAUUCAUAAUUAUUAACUUUUCCACUUUACUGGUGGAUCUCCUUUUAAAUUCACAGCCGGACAGGCUCGCUAAUUCUGCAGAGGAAAUACUGACCACAAAUACAUGUCCGGAUCACAAUAGCGCUUCAAUGCACGCUGACCUCGUCUCACACCGGUGAAGGGAGCGCAGUGUUGGCUGCGGUAUAUGUGUCGGAUUUAAACCACUUCCCUGAGCUGGUGUUGAAACAUCUUUAAAAUACAAAGCCAGCCCUGAUCGCUCAGUGUGUGUGAAAGUGAAAACCAGCAUCCUCUUUAGAACAGACACGGCUCUUCGUCUCUUCAUUAGAGCGCUAGCUAUGGAGAUGGAAAACAUCUACGAAGUGGUGCAUCCUCCAGACCAGGAUAUCUACUCUUUCCUCACAGCAGUGGAGAAACAGCCUGGGAAACACACAGUAAACACGACUGUGAAGAAAGCCAGUUCCUGCAACUGGGCUGCUGUGGUUUUUGCUGUGCUGUGGAUCCUCUCUGUGUCCGUCGCCCUGGGUGUGAUCUUUCACAGGAAUGCAGAGUAUGCCAGCCUCUUUCAAAAGUAUUCUGACCUGCAGAAUCAACUGAAGAACUAUACAGACAUGACAGUGUGGAAGUGGAUCCUCGAUACUGCAGCUAAUGUGACUCUGGACCCUGAUACAGUGCACCCCAAACUCAUCCUGUCUGAGGACAGGAAACAAGUCAGACUUGGAGACACAAGACAGCCUCUCCCUGACAAUCCAAAGAGAUUUGAUUAUGUUGUCAGUGUCCUGGGGAGGCAGGGCUUCACCUCAGGGAGACACUACUGGCAGGUGGAGGUGGGGGAGAAGACUAAAUGGGAGUUAGGAGUGGCCAGAGAGUCCAUCAACAGGAAGGGGAUGAUUACACGGAGUCCAAAGAAUGGACUCUGGAUUAUGUGGCUGAAGGAUGGAGAGUACAAGGCUCUCACUGACCCCUGGACCCCUCUCCCCCUCAGCGUGAAGCCCCAGAAGGUGGGGGUGUAUCUGGAUUAUGAGGAAGGGCAGCUCUCCUUUUACAAUGUGGAGACCAGAUCUCACAUCUACACUUUCAAUGACACCUUCACUGAGAAGCUCUAUCCAUACUUCAACCCUGGUCCUAAUAAAGAUGGUAAAAACGCAGCCCCACUGAUCAUCCUCCCUGUCAGUGAUACAGAUUGAAUAAAGUGGUGUAUCUGUAUGACAGCCUACACCAGCACUGAUAAUCCUGUUCAUUGCAUUAUUACUUGCCCAUCUAUAUCUUUGUCUACCUGUAAUUGUUUUACUGAUUAGCUUGACAAAACUAUGGGGACGCCCGUCACAUUUAACACACCCCUGUGACUGGAGCACAUGGGCUGUCCCUCACAUGCCUGAUUCAUUUAACACACCCCUGUGAUUUGUCACUGUGCUCAGCCUCAUCACUGUGCUCAGCCUCAUCACUGUGCUCAGCCUCAUCAAUGCCCACCUUGCAUUGUAAUGAACAUAUUUCAGUUGUGUUGUUGUUUUAAAUUCAUCUUUUUGCAAGAGAUGCAUUGAUUCCUUUAUGCUAACAUGACACUGGAUUGCAGUCACAAUGACAUGUAGAUUUAGAUGCUUAUUUUUAGAUGCUUGAGGUUUUUUUUGAAAUGUAUAUUAAAGGGUUGCUUCACACCAUCUGAGAAUGACAUCAGUGAGCAAUAACAACAAUAGAGAAUGCUAGAGAUGAAACUAUGAUAUUAAACAGGUACGGAAUUAACCAUGUGGAUGAUGAGUGCCAGGAUCCCUUUACAAUAUGUAUCAAAGUUGCUUAUUUAGACGUUCAUGCAAGUAGGGUUCAGAUCUUUUAACUUUCUAUACCAGAGCCCUUGCUUUUAGAAAUGUGGACUUGGUCAGAUCGCGCUGUUUUGGGUUCACGUGGCUGAACCAGAUUAAGCUCCAGGUUUUUGAAAUCUCUGCUCCAUUAAUAAAUAUUUUAAUUUCUA